AUGGCUCAUCGUAGACGACAAUUGAUUAUUGAUUUAAAUUAUUACGAGCUUCCGGCCACAAUAACGCGGCUAGAUACGGUUCGCGAAAGGUUGAUCCGAGAACUUUCUCAGCAAUAUCCCGAUCUUUCCAAUGUAACUUCAAAGGAACUCUCAUUAUUUCUUGGUCACUUUCAAAAGUUUCAGGAAGAUGCUUUAGGACGUUUAGUUCCACGAUUCGAUAAGAUUCCCCCUAAAAUCCCUGCAAAACUAUUUAAAAUGGAACCAUCGCCUG